AUUGUUCUCAGAGUCGCACAAACAUUCUUGCGGUUUGGAUCUUUUGAAAUUUUCAAGCCAGAAGACAGUUACACCGGACGCCAAGGUCCAAGCGUUGGCAGGAAGGACAUUCUUGAGACUCUCCUCAACUAUACCAUUCAGACAUUUUUUCCAGAGGUUCAUGAGAGAAAUGAAGAGAAUCAGGAAAAGAAGUAUUUGGAUUUCUAUAAGGAAGUUGUUACACUGACGGCUCAGCUGGUUGCAGGAUGGCAGUGUGUUGGAUUCUGUCAUGGAGUGUUAAACACAGACAACAUGAGUAUCAUUGGUCUCACUAUAGACUAUGGGCCAUUUGGAUUCAUGGAUCAAUUUGACCCAGAUUUCAUCUGUAAUGCUUCAGAUGAUGGUGCGCGCUACACGUAUGCCAAACAGCCUUCGAUCUGUAAAUGGAAUCUCAGCAAGCUUGCUGAAGCAAUUUCUAUGUCACUUCCUGUUGAAAAGUCUAAAGAGGCUUUAGAAGACUUGUAUGACAGAGAGUUUGAAAGGUGUUACCUGGAGAAGAUGAGGAAGAAACUUGGACUUCUAAAAGAACUACCAGAAGACAAAGCUUUGAUUGAGUCAUUCUUGGAGACUUUGCAAGUCACUGGUGCAGACUUUACAAAUUGCUUCCGAGGACUGACGAAAGUACCUCUGCCAGGCACCUCAGGAUCGAAGGAUGCCCUUGCAGCUGCUCACCAGUAUUUCCUGACACAGUGCUGUAUGGCAGAAACCCUCAAGAAAGCCAGUGCCCCCAGAAUGGAUCCAAGGCAGCUGGAGAUGUACUUGAUGUUGGCACAGAUGAACCCUGAUUUGUUGGGAGUAUUAGGACAGGGUCAGCGAAGACUUAUGCAAGAGCUGGAUAGAGUGAAGAAGUCAAAAGAACUGGAGAAACUGACUGAUGAAGAAAAAAGAAAAACAGAUUCAGAUGCAUGGAGUGCAUGGCUGAAGAUGUAUUCAACAAGGUUAGAGGCAGAGAGGUCAGAUGGUGAGACCUUAAUUACCGAAGAACUGAUCCAGCAUCGUGUUGACACCAUGAACAAAAAUAACCCAAAGUAUAUUCUACGUAACUACAUUGCCCAGAAUGCAAUUACUGAGGCAGAGAAUGGAAAUUUUAAUGAA